AUGGUGGGGAGAAGGAGAGCAGUCCGCGAUUCCCGGUCGCCUUCGACGCGCGAGAACAAACCGCACACGACUCAGCCCCUCCGUCUCGCUGCUUUGCCUUGCCUUUCCUCUUCUCUCUCAACGGCUCGGUGCUCUCCUUGCUUUCAGUCUCAACUUUUUGCGUCUCCGGCAGUCUCCUCCCCUCUCUCCGCGGGAGUUGACGCUCAGCAGAACGCGCUCGCGACAGGAGACAGUGCCUCUGCCUCCAGGUCUUCUUCUCGCCGCCCCCCCUCCGAUGUGGCCUUCAUCUCGCGUCUCGCGUCCACUCUUCUUCCCGCUUCCUCUCUGUCUCCUGACCUCAAAUACGGCGUCUCCUCUUCUUCGCCGUUACCGCUUGCCACUGCGCCCCUACCUACAGGGCUUUCCUCGAUCUCCGUCAGUCCUCUUUCCCCCUUCUCUUUCUCUCUGUCUUCUCGUUCCUCCUGCCUUCCGUGCUGGUGCGUCACAACGCAGCUCUCCUUUCCCUCCGUGCCGCAAUCUGUCUCCACGCGUUCUCUCUUCUCCUUCCUGAGACAACGGCCGCCUCCGUCUUCUUCGUCUUCGUCGUCUUCUCCUUCUCCCCCCCCUUCGACUCCUUCUCUCUCUUCUCCCUCUUCGUCUCCUUCUCUCUCUUCUCCCUCUUCGUCUCCUUCUCCUUCUUCUCCCUCUUCUCCCUCUUCUCCUUCUCCCCCAUCUUCGUCUCCUUCUCCUUUUCCCCCCUCUCCCCCAUCUUCGUCUCCUUCUCCUUUUCCCCCCUCUCCCCCCUCUUCUCCGUCCUUUUCUGCGGCCAGUUCCUCUUCUUCGCCGUUCUCCUCGGGCGACCAGGCUCUCCAAGAAGACUUGCCGAGGGCGGAUGAAGCGGCGCGUAGACCGACGGAGGCGACCGGGGCUGCGGGGGUAGAGCCCGAGCCUCUGUUGCGAGGAAGCAAGCAGGAGAAACUGCGCAAGAAGCGACCGGUAAAGCCCGAGAGAGACCACUUCGCCUCCGCGUUUUCGCCUCCCUUCGCCGCGGAAGCGUUUCACCGGAGUGUUUCCCACCGACUUGUCGAGGAGGCAAGGAGACAGGAGACGGAAAGGCGAAGAAACGCAGGCAGGCGACAGGGGCCUCGCGCCGAGAGUGUGCGGCUGCCGAGCGAGAACGACGGCGAAGGCGAGGCAGGAAGAGAGCGAAGAGACAGAGUCGGGAGACGCCCGAGACGGAAAACUUCGAAGGCAGCGCCUGACCACCAACUCCACUACCCGCUGCUUGUCUCCUUCGCCGCCCUCUACGAAGAUCUCGCCGUCCUCAAAAACCGAAUUCUCUCCCAAAGCCGACGCGUCCGCGCUGUAAUCACCACAGCAGCCUGCGGGCUCUGCUGGGUGGCGUACAACUGGGAAGAUGUGCGACGCCGUCUGGGACUCGAAGGCGCUGCGGUGCUUCACGAGGGAAUGCGGUCUCAAGAGCUCCAGUUCACAGCGCGGGAGUUCUCCAAGCAACUUAUCGACGACCUCCUACAGGAUCAUCGACUGCAGGCGGGGGCCCAGCGGUGGAUCCAAGAACUCCUCAGCGCGAGUGACCGUGAGGCGACAGCCCUCGCAGUUCGCGUGCUGAACGGGGCGGAGGUCCAAAGCGCCAUCAAGAACCUCCUCGACGACCUUGUUCGGUAUCUUUGUCAGAACGUUGCGGUGCACCAACAGGUCGCCGAACUGCUCAGUUAUGCAAUCAACUUGCCUGUGGCUAAAGAGACAGCUGGUCGGUGGUGCCAAGAGCUCCUGCAGCGCCCAGACGUUCAGCAGGCCGCCCAGACUUUCGUGAAUGAAGCAGUUCUGAGCGACGCUGGCGUCCAGGCCCAAGCCGGAGAGUUGGCGCAUUGGUGCAGCCUUCGCGUCGUGAACGACCCGGCGACUGCUGAUGCAACCCGCGACCUUCUGCUUCAGGUUCUGGGAGACUCGACGCUCCAAAAGGUCGUCUCCGACUUCCUCUGGCGAGUCCUCAAGGGCGUCAUGCAGCCGAGAUGGCUCGGUGGCGGCGCCAAGGCGAGUGGGGCUGUCCCCGAAGAAGGCGCGAACUCGUCUGGAGCCUCAGGGAAGGAAGCUCAAUCUUUUUCGGCUUCGCGUGAUGGAAAGGCCGAACAGCGAGAGACCGAGACAGAGAAGAAGGGUACCCUCGACAGAGAGAAAGAGAAGGACAGACUCGAAGUCGAAGAGCUACGAGAGCGCUUGGAAACGGCGCUUCGCUCCUCACUUGACGAAUCGAGGGACAUCGUCGCUGUCGAGCGAGCGAGCGUGUCGCGUCUUCUUGCGCUCCUCGAGCAAGCGAAUGGACACCUCCCGCCUCGAAAGGCCUCGCUUGAUGCGUCUUCUGUCGAGACUGGCGACGCGAAAGAAGGCGAUGAAAUCGGGCAGGAGGGAGACGCGCGCCCGUCUUUUCUCCUGGUCCUUCCUGUCUCACCCGACGAGGCGCCUCAGCCGACCCCGCCUGGAAACGAAGACGCAACGGCCGCGGCGAGCGAUGCACGUUUUGCGCGGGAUGAAGCCGAGAAGACAGAACGGAGAUACUCCCGGCGCUUUUCUCUCGCUGAUUUGGCGAGACAUGUCGACGGACAGCGAAGGCGAGAGAAAGAGAUGGAAGAGGGAGUGAACAGCGCCGCACAGAGAGCGUCUGCGUACAGAGAGCGAGAGCGAGAAGAGGAAGAGGGAAACACACACUCUCAGCUCCCUUCUGCAGCUCCGCCUCUCCCGCAUGAGGAGGCAGAAGCGACAAGGAGACUAACGGACGCUCUCGUGCGCCUCCUCCCCGCCGACACACGUUCGGGGUCUCCCUGGCGCGAGGGAAGAGAAGCCGAUCGGCAAACGCGAGCGGCACGAGCGAGGACGCGGGAACGAUCCGAGGAAAGGCGUGCCUAA